UCAGGGCUGUCCAUGUGAAAAGUGAAUCUGAGAAGAGAAGGGUAGACACUUUGAGAGAGAGAAGAGUUUACCACACAUCAUGACCUCUGCUAAAGAAGAUGGUGUUGAUGAAAGAACGGCGAACAUUAAAGAAGAGGACUGUGAGCGGCUCGCACCAGAGGAUGUGCGUGUGAAGCUGGAGGAUUACGAAAAAAAAAUUUCAGUUUUUAAAGAGGAGGAGGAGGAGUGCAAGGGGGUGACUGCUGCCAUUAAAGCUGAGGAUUUAAAUGAUUUCUCGGUUGGUCUUGAACUUCAAAAGUACAAAACUGAGGAUAUUUUCAAGCAAGAGGCCUGUGAAGAAUCUUCAUCCAGUUUACAGCCCUGGUCCACUAAUAUGGGACGACUGGCUACGCAGGAGAAUUCUGCAGAGCUGAAAUCAGAGUUAUCAGAAUCUGAAGAGAAAAUCACCGAGGGAAAUGGGAGAGAAGGAGAAGAGUCACCUGGGAGUGUUGGAAUAAAUUUUCAGAAAUCAGCAACAGGAUUAAAGAACAUUACAGCAGCCUUUUUGCAGUGCAGUUCUCUCCCUGCUUCUGGAGUAACACAGACAGAAACCAUCAAAACUGAUCAACAGCAAGUGGAGAAAGAAAUCCAAAUUCAUACUGAAAAAAAAUGUUGUUUGGAAUGUGGCAAACAAUUCACACACAGAAGUGAUCUUAAAAGACAUAUGAUGAUUCAUACAGGAGAAAAACCUCAUUGCUGUUCAGACUGUGGUAAGUCGUUCUUAAGGAGAAGCAGUCUUCAGAGGCACAGAAGAAUCCACACAGGAGCAAAACCUCAUUAUUGUCCAGAAUGUGGUAAGAUGUUCUCAGUGAGAAUCAGUCUUCAGUUGCACAAAAAAAUUCACACAGGAGAAAAACCUCUUUGCUGUUCAGUAUGUGGUAAGUCGUUCUCAAUCAGAAGCAAUCUUCAGAGGCAUAGAAUAAUCCACACAGGAGAAAAACCUCAUUGCUGUUCAGAAUGUGGCAAAUCUUUCUCAUGGAGAAGUGAUCUUCAGUUGCACAAAAAAAAUCACACAGGAGAAAACCCUCAUUGCUGUUCAGAAUGUGGUAAGUCCUUCACAAGGAGAAGCCACCUUCAGAGGCACAGAAGAAGCCACCCAGGAAAAAAACCUCAUUGUUGUCGAGAAUGUGCUGAACAAUUUUCUGACAAAUGCAGUUUUCAAAGGCACACAGAAAUUGAUACUGCAGAGAAGCCAUAUUGCUGUUCUCAAUGUGGAAAAAGGUUUUAAACAUAACCUAUUUUGAAGUAAACACACAAACUCCCACUAAAGAGAAAAUGCAGUGUGGUCUUUAUCCACAUGCCAAAAUCCAUAUUGAAGAAAAAUCGCAUUGCUGUUCUGAAUGUGAGAAAAAAUUCUUCAGUGCCACAUCAGAACUCAUAAUGGAGAGAAACCUUAUUGUUGUCCUGAAUGUGAUAAGCAGUUCUUACAACAAAGCACCAUAAAAAGUCACAUCAGACAACACACCAGACAGAAAUCUCACCUUUGCUUGGAAUAUGGCUAACAAUUCUCACACCUAUUUCUCUGUAAAAGCAUAAGAAAAGUCGUACUGGAUAGAAGCCUUAGAAUUGUACUGGAUGUGGAAUGCGAUUCUCAUAUAACAAUUCUAUUCACAAUCAUAAAAUAAUUAAUUCUAGUAAGAAACAAAGCUGUUCUGACUGUGGCAAGCUAGACAGCAUGACUCCUCGAGAUCACAUGAGAAUUCACUUUGGAGAGAAACCUUAUUGCUGUCCAGAGUGUGUCAAACAAUUCUCAUGUCAAAGUGCACUUAGGUACCACAGAAAGAUCCACACUGGAGAGAAGCAGUACACCUGUUCUCAAUGUGCUAAAGGAUACUCUUCCAGAAAAAGUUUCCGUAGUCACACACAAAGUCAUAUUGGAGUAAAGCCUGUCUCAAAAAGGACAAAUGAUCUUUCCAAAGGCAAAAAAAAAAAAAAAAUGAAGAAAAGUCUUCAGAAAGGACUUCUGUUUAAAGUAGUUAAUAAGCACAUAAGAAUAGUGGAGAAAACGAUGAAAGUGGAAAACCUAUCCUAAAUGUAAGGUAACCUCAGAGCCACAUAUGAAUUCACACUGGAAUACAAUACAUACUUCACAAACGGCAAGAAUCUUCUUCAACAACUUAUAGGUGCAAGAAAAAACCUCAUUGUGUUCCUAAUUAUGGUUAACGCUUUUCAUGCAGCAGUGGUCUUCAUAGUCAUAAAAAAGCGAAGACAGCGCUGAAACACACAGGGAUCUCUGCUGAUUCAACUGAUAAUUUUAUAAAUUAACCUAAAAAUAUAACGGAGGUCAAUUUGCUAGAUGUCCAGUAUCUCCUGGGGUGGUGUGUGAAGGACGCUCUAUACUCUGAAUGUGUUGGGUAAGGUUUCAGUUUGAGUUCAGCGCCAUCUUCAUAUCGAUACCUAAGACAACAUUUCUUCACGUCGAGACUACAAGCUGGAGGCCAAAGGAGCUCCAAUAAACUCCAACAGCAGGAUGGAUGAUUAGAAAGCUCAGCUUUGAGAGAGUGUCAGCUACACAAAGCUUCGGCUUCAUUUACUUGACAGAAAACUCCAAAAAGCAGAAGUGGCCCCUUCUGUGCCCCCAUUUCUGAAGGUCAAAUUUGACCCCCCUUACUCUGCUUGGACUUGGAAGUUUAUGUUUCAGUUUUUGGCCACGCUCUUUAUAGAUUUCAUUUAAUUGAUGUUCUCAAAUGUGUGAGUAUAGCUUGACUCUUACAAGGACUUAUCUAAAAAGGGUACAUUGGCCAUGAAAUGCAAUAAGGCAGAAAAAAUAUAAAAAGUGUAACCCACAAAAUGAAGAGGUGACAUCGAUGAAAUACGUCCAGUGGCAGAGGUGACGAGGACAAAAUCAGAAAGGACAUCACAGAAAAGGCAGGUACCAACUGAAAACAAAAGAAGACAGCUGAUUGGUGGAAAGACCUGUCAGUCACUCCUGAGUGGACUGUUGAGUACAGCCGUGGCACGCAGACUUCUGAGUUCAUGUGUUUUUGAUUUCAAAUCUGUGACCAUGCACUGAAUAAGUCUGUUAUUUAUCAGUUAGCAUGUUCUGAAACUGUAAUGUCAUCACAAAGAUCACACAAACACGUAAUGUGACAUUUGUGAUCAAUCACUUUUGUUGAUUUUUAUAGCACCAUUCAUCAGCCCUGUAUAGAGUGCCACUUCCUGAUCGGCAACCCCACUGCACCCCGUGGCACAUUUGGAGUUUGGGACUGGAGCACAAGGUAGAUGGCACUCUGAGAAAGACAGACUUGUAAGAUGUGAACAAAGCCAGCUGCCCUCCCUGGUCUGUCUUCAUUCAGAAGGACUCACCCGAGUGGUGGGAUUGUUCUGCGGCGCUCCUGUUAGCCGACAUUUCAUCAGCUUGCUUUCUGCGUUUCAUCUGAUAACCAGCAGAGUUAAUCAAAGAUGAGCCAGGCCUGUUACAAUGUGAACGUUCUUGACAUUUUCUUUUACUUGAAAUAUUUUUUCUGCUUCUUUACUUUGAGUUCUUGGAGGCCUUGUACAUUAGAGAUUAUUAAUACAUGAGCAUUUGGUGUUAAUAAUGAAUUGACGAUUAAUAAACUG